GUUUUACGAUGAAUUACGAAGAAGUUUCCUCCAAUGGCUGAUGUCGAAGCAUAAGAAAAUAAAAGUCGUACGUCUAUAUUUUGGGAAGCAAGACCAUACGUAUCAAACAACUGGAAAUGGGGAAAUUGUAAUUGUAUUAGUCAUUGAUGAUUCAAAUGUCAUUACAGAUGAAUUUUAUCGUUUUAAUGGGAAAUCAUUUUACAUAAUAUGCAGACUCUGGAAGAUCCCACCAGUGGAAGGUAUAAAGGUGACUAAGUUUGAAAUCGGUAAAAUACUCGAUAACAAUGUUUUAACCACCAUCGAAAAAUGCAUAGGCAACAGAUCGAAGAGUUUGUUUAAGAGACAUUCAAAUUUGGAAAUCAUCACAAUGUGUGCAUUUCGUUCAAGAAACAAUGGAGACGACCUUAUUGAUGAACCGUGCAUCGUCUUUUAUUGCUCAUGUAAAGGUGUAGUACCUAUAAAUGAGGAAACAUUUCCUAAACAUCUAGAUGAUAUACCAACAGAUGUCAGAGAGGGAUUCUUUUAUCAGUUUCCUGGAUUUUUGAGAGGAUCAACAGAAGUUCUAGAUCCGCUAAGAAUGGGCGCAAUUAUAAGUAGAAAAGAUCAACCUUCAAAUGGAACUCUUGGAGGAUUUGUCACCAUGGGCUCUGGAGAUAUUGGAUUUAUCACAGCUGCUCAUGUCUUCAAAACCGUGUCAGGAUAUUUCACUUCAGACGACAAUUUCGACGUUGUGCAACCAUCGCGUGGCUUUUUUAGGACAAAUGUAUGUGGUGUAAAUGCAAAAUCGUUUGUUUCAGCUGGUCUAUUUGAUGGGCACACUAUAGACGCAGCACUUGUCAGAAUAACAAGUAGAAAACCAACAAGAGGAUUAUUUGCAGGGAUGAACGAACAACAAUUAAAGGAAUCUGGAUAUAGUUUGGAGAUGCUACCAGAGUAUGACAAUGCCGCUAUUAGGGAUUUCCGACAGGAACAGACCAAUCGCUGGAAUACUUGUGUUAAAUUUGGUGCAAGUACCGGACUUACUAGAGGUACACUGUGUCUCAAUGGGAUCUGUGUGAAAUGGACUGACGAUUUCAUCACACUGGGAAACCUGAAUUCAGUCUGCGAUAUAUUAUACUUUAAACAACUCCAAAUACAAGGACAUCAGAAUUUAUCUUUUGCACAACCCGGUGAUUCUGGAGCUUUGGUUUUCCAAGUUGAUUCAGACGAUACAAAUGGUCAACGCCUUGUUUGCAUUGGCAUGGUGGUUGGUGGAACAUCCGACAAUAAAACUGUUGUUACACCCAUUGUUCCUAUACUUAAUGCCCUAAAGGUACAAAUGCAUCAGUUCAAUACAAUCAAUAUGGAUGAAUCAUAAGAUCAAAGUUUUAAAGUCUUUAUUAGUGUUCACCUAGAGUGCAGCUUUAUGAUGCAUAAAAGCCUUUUUUGCAAGAACCGUCCUUCUACAAAAAAUUCAGUGUAUUUCUUCUUUUUCUUAAAUUGCAUAUUUUUUAUCAUAAAUUUAUGAUAUUAUAAUGAUGAUAAUAAAAUACCUAAAUCCUUUCCAAUAAAGUCGUAUGUAAGGAAAGAUACCUCUAACAUUACUACAUUGGGAAAUUCUGGUUAAUCCCCUUUGAUAACGUAAAGUAUGACAUGACUUCAAGGCCAUUCUUGGGGUAUUUUUAUCACAACAUGAUUAAAAUAAUAGGCAACAUUCAAAAAUGUACAUCUUCAGCUUCAAGACGGAAACAAGUAAAUAAAGGAGAACAUUCUGGUUGUAAGAAAGUUUAUUGCUUGAAAAUGUCCGUACAAGCUAUGUGUCAGAUACAUGGUUUAUUAAUAGAACUUGUAUCCAAUACUUAUAUUUACAUCAUAAUUACUACCAUACGCAGCAAUGUUAUAUGAGUUUGUCAAAAAAGUUAUUAUUUGUCAAAAUAAAAAGAACGUAGGAAAACGUUUGUUUAAAUAGUAAAAUCACACACGCACUAUCAAUGAAAUAACAAUUCGGAUCAUUAAAGCAUAUAUAAAUAAUCAGUUAAAUAGAAUCUGGUUGGCUGAGACACUCCCAUGACCGUCGCGUUUGCCCUGCAACAAAACUUCGUGUUUUACGAUUAUUAUGUCACAAUGCGUCGACAGAGAUGAUUACUUCUGAUGUAGAUUGCUUAAACCAUUGAUUAAUAAUAAAUUUACGAAAUAUAGAAUUAUAAUAUAGAUAUUUAGAAAAGUUUUUCCAUGCGUGGGGAAUGAAUGUUAACGUUACUAUUGUGUAAAUCAGAAUGACUUGUCAAGAAGGAUCUUUUAUGAAGCAUGGAUAGUGGUGUGACGUAAACCUGAUUAAUAUUGUUCAUAUGAAAUAUUUACUUUAUUAAUUGAAUUUUCUUUUAUAUUCCCUGCAUAGUGCUUGAUUCGAUAUAAUAAACAAUUUAUUGCAUGAAUGUUCGGGAGACAUGGAGAUUUCUUCGCUCAUCAAAAAUUAUAUUCCCCUCGGCCAUCGCCCUCGGUAAAUAUGAAUUUACAUGGGCGAAGAUAUCUGCAUGUCUCCCGGACAUUCAAGCAAUAAAUAUAUAAUAUUCAAUAUGCUUACAAGAUUCAUGUGAUAUUCUCAUGUUUUUUAUUGAUAACAUUAUAUUUAUGAUUCCUAGAUACGAUAA